AGAGAGAGAGAGAGAGACGAUAAAUACUGAAACAACAACCAGAGUUCAGUUUCCAUAUCCUCAUCAAUGUGUUUUGACCAUCACUAAACAUUAUUUAUAUUAUUAUUCCUAACAACGACUACUACAAAUUCAGGAGCAAGCCUCUCUCUCUCUCUCUUCCCACAAAUGUCUGAAAGAGGUUUUGGUGAUGUCUUUUGAUGGUGAAGAAAGUCCAUGGAUCUGCCUUCAACAUUCACCUGCAAAGGGCGGCAAAAUGCUCAAGCCAGAGAAGUGGCAAGCAGCAUUUGAUAAUGAUGGAAAGCUUCUUGGUUUUCAAAAAGCUCUAAAGUUAAUUGUUUUGGGGGGUGUUAAUCCAUCCAUAAGAGCUGAAGUCUGGGAAUUUCUUCUAGGUUGCUAUGCAUUGGGUAGCACUGCAGAAUACCGCCAACAUCUUAGAACGGUCCGAAGGUCAGCGCUUUCUUGGAUAUUCCUCUUAAUCAGGAAAAGGUACGAGGACUUAAUAAAGCAGUGCCAAAUGAUGCAUUCUAGUAUUGGUACUGGUUCCCUUGCAUUUGUUGUUGGUUCCAAAGUGAUGGAUGUAAGGACUCUCUCAAAGGAUAAUUCCAAUGGAGAAGUGAAUGUGGGCAUCGAGGAAGUUUCUGAAGGCGCUCUGGGAACUGAGCGAUUUUGUGAAAUGAGCAGUGACCUUAUUGGUGUAUCAUCUAAUUGUGAAAGAAAAAGCUCGAGCAACACAUCUGACCUGCUAAGUGUUAGACAAAGCAUGGAUAUUGCAGAAUGCAAUUCUUCAUUAUUUGUAUCAUCUUCUAGCCCAUGCCAGUGCUUCUCCUCAGAAUUGGGAAGAGAAGCUUGUGGGUCACAAUAUUUAACAGAGAACUACUGUGAUUUUCCUCCACUUCCUGUCACAAAUUUGUUUGAAAAGAGUGACGAUGCAGUUGUGGUGGACAAAGAAACAAUACCCUCCCAAAGAAUAUCUGGUGUUGAGGAUGAAGCUAUGCGAUGCUUUCAGAUCAAUAAUAAUGUUGAGUUAAUAUUGGAAACAAAGACCCUUCCCCAUAUUGAUACUUCACAUGCAAGUGCACAUGAAAUUGAAGACUCUAAUACAUCUUUUCAAGGGCGUGUAUCAGGGUCAAAUGAGUUGGAAUCUCGAACAGGAAAGGUUGGCAGGUUGAGAAUAUCAGAUCCAUCACAAGCAAUGAUGGUGGAUACCAGUGCUUCUUAUGCAGUCCCUUCCAAUGAAGACAGAUCUGACAGAACUGCUGACUGGCUUUGGACACUCCACAAAAUUGUGGUCGAUGUCGUGAGGACAGACAGUCAUCUUGACUUUUAUGAGGAUUCAAGAAACGUUGCUCGUAUGUCAGACAUUCUUGCUGUAUAUGCAUGGGUUGAUCCAGCUACUGGCUACUGCCAAGGUAUGAGUGAUUUGCUGUCUCCCUUUGUUGUUCUCUAUGAGGAUAAUGCAGAUGCAUUUUGGUGCUUUGAGAUGCUUCUUCGCAGAAUGCGACAAAAUUUCCAGAUGGAAGGACCUACACGAGUGAUGAAUCAAUUGCAAGCAUUGAAGCGAAUAUUGGAACUGACUGAUGUUGAAAUAUUCACUCACUUAUCUAUGAUAAGUGCUGAUAGCCUUCUUUUUGCUUUUCGAAUGCUGCUUGUACUUUUUCGUCGGGAGUUGUCCUUCGAUGAAGCCCUUUGUAUGUGGGAGAUGAUGUGGGCUGCCGACUAUGAUGAAGUUGUGGUUCGGGAAUUGGAGAAUAAUUGCCUGGAACCAUUAUUUGUACAUAUUCCAGAGGUUUCUCAGCCUGAAAACAGGGGAGAAAAUGAUAGAGAUGGUGUCCAACAAUCAAAUGAAGCCCAUACGGAGCAUCUGGAUAUUGUAAAACCUGAAACCCAUCAUAAUGGACUGCGGUCACUUUCAAGAAGACCAUUUUGUGGAUUGACAGCCCGUAACUUAUGGACAAGACAUGAUCAUGUGCAGCGUUGUUCAAUAAGCUCAGCUGCUGCAAAAAAUGGGGAUAAUGAACUCUCUGUUUUCUGUGUAGCUGCAAUUCUUAUAAUUAACCGCCCAAAAAUCCUCAAAGGGACUCAAUCAAUGGAUGAUUUGAUAAAGAUGUUUAAUGAUAACAAGCUUGAAAUCAGUGUAAAAAGAUGCAUAAAGAAGGCCAUCAAAAUCCGGAAGAAGUAUUUCCACAAGCUAAUAAAACAUGCUUCCUCAGGGAGUGUGCAGCUAUAACAUUCCAUGCCAAAAGAGCAUUCUCCAUUUUCAGACCAAUGUCAGGAGAGAGAAGGCACUCAUUUCCAUGAAUAUGGCACUGUUAAUUGCCACCAAUAACCAGAGCUUUCGGGGUUGAUAUGUUUAAUCUCAUUUCUAACUUUUACUUUGAGGGAGAUGAACCGGAUGCCAUGCCUUAAGGAAAGGCGAUUAUUUAUCCCAUAAACUUUUCCGUGCAUUCGUGCAGGUAUUGGCUCUUUGUUUUACACGGCCAAGACAAGAAGAUUUCGAGCUUUGAUUGGGCUUGUUCAAAGUUUUAUGAAGAAACAAGCAUCAUUAUGGAGUCUAGGCCUAUCUCCCAAUAGUGUUCUUAUUCAUUAAGCAGGUCAAACACAAGCCUAAAGAUUCUUGCCUUCCCUUUUGCAUUUUGCAUUAUAGAUUUACAUUUUGUGCGUUGGCUUAAACUGGCAGGCUCUCUUUGAUUAUACUGUAAGAGUUUUGCUUGGGCUGGUUCUUGUCAAAUGUUUAGUCAGAGAUUAUUUAACAUGAGAAAUAUUCAAGAGAAUUACGUAUCAUUGAAAAGAAAAGAAAAAGAAAGUUGAAGGAAAAAUUAGGAAUAGGCCAUGAGCAUUGUUCCCAUUUGACUUGCAAUUGUAAUAAGAUGCAGUCUAUUGUGGGCCUUUUUUUUUUCA